CGCGCCGCCGCCCAGCCGCAGGAGCCAGCGAGGCGCAUGCCGGGCGGGGGGCCCCGGGGCGCUCCGGCCGGUGGCGGCGGGGGCCCGCGCGCAGGCAACCAGGAUUGCUUGCCACCUGCGGUGUCUUUUCGGAGGAGGCGGCUGGCACGGAAACCCGGCUACAUGAGAAGCGAAGCUGGGCCCCAGAUCAGGUUCCUCGCCCCCGCCGCGGGCACCCCAUUCCGGGCCCAGGGAGGAGCAUGUAGUGAGGAGUCCCACCACUCUGAGCCCAGGGCUGGACGGUGUGGCCUUGACCCCGGAGGCCAGUGGCGAGGCCCCUUGGUUGGGAGCCUUCUUCCCAGGAGCACAGCAGCCUCAGCUGGAACCUGUGUGGACCGCCGCAGCCUAGGCCUGGCCCCAGCGAGAGGGACCCCAGGAUUCUGUGGGAUUCAGUUCAGAGCUGGCGCCAAAGUGUCCAGCAGGCUGGCCAGGUGGUGCGGCCCUGGGGGUCAGGGGGAGCUCCCACCCAUGGACAGUUCUGAGGCCCCGGGCCCUCAUCAGAAUGCCGCCUGCAGUGAAGGAGCAAGGGGCACCUGGACCGAAGGCUGUCUGUCCCCAGAGGAGGUCAGUGGCAGCAGCUGCAGCCUCGGAAGUGGCCCCAAGGCCCCCUCAGCCCCCGCCGGCUCUCAGGCAGCCUUCACCUCCAGCUUCAGCUUCAUCCAGCUCUCACUCAGCGCUGCCGGGGAACGCGGAGAAGCCGAAGGCUGCCCGCCAUUCAGAGAGGCCGAGAACGCGGAAGCCAAGGCUGCCAGCUUGGACAGGCCCCGCGAGGACCCUAGACUUUUCUCUCCCCGCUUCGAUCUCAAGGCUGCAGACUCUGCCCGGGCCGCAGCGGGCAGCCCCGGGCUGGAGGGUGAGCUGCUUUCUGUCUUGGACGCAGGCGCUGUCUCCUGCUGCUCCCCGGACCCCUCAGGCUUCGAGGGGGCUGCUCUCCCCUGGGACCCGCUGCUCCGGAGGUGCGAGCCCCUGCUGCUGGACUGCCUGCUCAGCAACCGCAGGCAGCUGGAGGUAAACUCCUUAAGAUUAAAGCUUCAGAAACUCCAAGAAAAAGCAGUUGAGGAUGAGGAUUAUGAUAAGGCUGAGACGUUAAAACAAAGAUUGGAAGACCUGGAGAAAGAGAAAAGCAGCCUGCACUUCCAGCUUCCUUCCAGGCAGCCGGCCCUUCGCAGCCUUCUGGUCUACCUGGGAGCUCAGGCCGAGGCCGCCCUGCGUCGGGCCGCUCAGCACCUCCAGGAAAGGAUAAAACCGCUCACCCUGUCGCUGAAAGAGAUCACUGCGAAGGUGUGCAGGACCGAGAAGCUGUGCAGCACUCUGAGGAAGAAAGUUAACGAAAUUGAAACGCAGAUGUCGGCACUACUUGAAGCCAAAAUGCUCGCCGUCUCAGGCCACCAUUUCGGAACAGCUAAGGAGCUCACGGAGGAGAUCAGGUCCUUGACCUCUGAGAGGGAAGGUCUGGAGGGGCUGCUCCACAAGCUGUCGCUGCUGAGCUCCAGGAACGUCCGGAAGCUGGGGAGCGUUCGGGAAGAUUACAGCCGGCUGCGAAGGGACCUGGACCAUGGGAAAACAGCCCACGAAACCAGCGUGAAGGAGAAGGCCGUGAAGUACAUGGACGCACUCGUGGACAGGCUGCGCAGCUGCACGUGCCCGCUGCUGGGAAAAGUGUGGGAAGCUGACUUGGAAGCAUGCCAGCUGCUCCUCCAGAGCCUGCAGCCGCAGGAGGCCAGCGGCAGCCCGUCCGCAGAUGAGGAGCAGCAGAUGGAUGGCUCUGGGGGUGCUGCCGGCACCGCCGCCCCCGGCCUUUGCCCCAGGCCCCGUUGCGAAGAGGAGAGGAGGAACCCUUUGCAGGCGCUGGAAGAGUGGAGGGCUCCGCCGGCCCCCUCGCCUCCCUGCGCUGACAGCGAACAGAAAGAGGAAUCAUACAUCCUUUCUGCAGAACUCGGAGAAAAAUGUGAAGCCAUAGGCAAGAAGUUACUCUGCUUGGAAGAUCAGCUUCACGUGGCGAUCCAGAGCCAUGACGAAGAUCUCAUUCAGUGUCUCAGGAGGGAGCUGCAGAUGGUGAAGGAGACGCUGCAGGCCAUGAUCCCACAGCUCCAGCCGGCCAAGGAGGCGGGAGAGAAGGAGGCAGCGGUGGCUUCCUGUGCGACAGCUGGUGUCCGCGCCGCGCAGGCCUGAGGCGUGCGGGGAAGGGGAAGGAGGGUCAACCUUAGGAGGUGGGUGCUUGUAGAUGAUGACCCUGCGCCUUAGGAGACCAAUGGACUUCCUCCCAGACGCAGAGCUGGUCCGCAGCGGAGCAAGCGUUACAGCGACAGGAGGGAUGCUCUCCACUGGUGCUCUUUAGUGUCUUUUCGGGACUGCGAGCCAUGGAGCUUAUUUGCUCACAUAAAAGCACAUGGUCACCUUGGGAGCCUGCCUCGGGAGUCGGAGAAACCGAGCCUGGGGAAACCAGGUGGGCCCCGCUGUUCUGUGGCCAUGAAGUCUAGGCUCAGACAGGCUUCAACAUGCCUACCUUCCCACCCCGUCCCAACCAGCCACUCAUUCCGCAUCCGCUGCAACAGCCGAG